AUGGCUGCGACCGACGGUCAGAUCGUCGUCGCAGCGGCACGCUGGGCCGAGGAGGCGACGUACCUGCGUGAGUUCGUCUCCAAGUACCGUCUACCAGCCGUGAUCAAGAUCACGAAGGGCCAGUAUGGUGGUCUGGGCGUGCCGACUCUACCAGCACCCAGUUUGCAGAGCACCGCGUUGCUGAUAUCGGCCGGCCGUCGGCGUAAAAUCGUGGCGCAGGCGGUGAAGAUCAAGGAGGGCCGCCGGGUGGUCGGUGUGGGGCCCAGACUGGCGAUACCGGACUCAUACGCGGGCUACUUCGAGAUCCUAAGCGAGGAAGGCCGAGCGGUGCGCGGCAUCGAGUCGGUGAACGAGUUAUCGCGAAGAUGUCCGGAGGAGGGUGCUCUGGUGCGCGAGACCGUGCGCGGCAUCGCCUGUCGGGUGGACGACGAGUCAGGUAUCGUGGUACCGGAGGGUACGAGGACCCUCGCGGCCGGCGAGACGAUCGUUACUGCCGGUGAAGUGGCCUUACCCGGUCGCGGCCGGUUUUUGCGUUGCGUCGAUUGUCACGGCGACAGCGUUUUGCUUGGAAUGGAUCAACGUGGACGUUUCAGCGCCCUGGCUCGCGAGGACAACAUCAGCGGCGUGCACACCGCCAAGGCGCUCCUCAGUAAACGUCUGCCACUCACCGUGAGACUGGUACAUGGCCAACCGCCGCGAGGACUCAAGUCGUCGUCACAAUUUGUGCCCGAGUUGAGGCUGCUGUCGACUUUCGAGGAGGAGCACGUAUUCGCUUUGCCGCUGCAGAGGGAAGGUGCGGCUGUUGCGCUGCCGCUCGCGGCGCCGCUCAAGCUGGUGAAGGCGCGAAACGAGGAGGCACUCAGGUCGAUGCAGGAGUUCACGAGGUUGGUGGAACGCGCCUCCCGUCUGGUUGCCGAUGUGGCUGAUCGGGCGCAUGUGUUGGACGGUCGUCUGGGCGAGAGCAAGCCCUCCAGGCAGACGAGGAGUAGCUCAGGCUUCCUCAGAAGACCAUCGACAAACUCGGAUCACACACCAUUGAGCCAUCAUAGAAACAGCAGCGCUAGCCACCAUCAUCAUCAUCAUCACUAUCACAGCAACGGGCAUCAGCCGUCCUCCGGACAUUCUGGAUACCGAGAUGAGAACAGAGUACCACCGUCAUCAGCUUGUACGGAAGAGUACGACGAAAUCGAUCAGAUAUAUGAUUACGUGCGCGGCUUUGCGCCGUUGCCGAAGAGCGUCAGGUCGCCUUACGAGAGUCCUCUCGCCGCGGGCCAGGGAGGUUUGACUCCACCGUUGACGCCGGUAACGGUGACGAUCACGCCUUUAUUGGACGAUCGACCGGAACCACCACCGAUUGAGACGAUACCGACGAAGAAGAUUCAAGCGGAGAAGCGAACUAGACGUGCGGUCAAGGAAGCGCCGCAGCCGCGGGUGGAGAAGCCACCAUUGGCGAAGCUCUAUGUGAAGAACAGCGGCACUCAGCGCGGGCGACCGCUAAUGAGGCAGAAGAGCGCAUCGCCCUUGAAAGAAACGCCGCCGGGUUACAAGGGUGGUUCGCCGCUCUUCAACAUACGUUACAAGAGUCUGACGAAUCUUCAACAGGCCAUGGAGCUCGAUGGCACGCUGGACUCCAGUCACUCGGGCGGAAGAACAUCGGGAGAUUCCGGCGCGGGUGCCAAGCUGCCAGAGAAAAGAUCGAGACGUUUAAGCAGGCCACGAUCGCUGACGAAUUUAGUCUGGGAGUUACGAGGUGGAAGCGGCCUCGGCUGCACGAGACCUGAGACUCCGCCGCCCGCCACGACUGCACCGCUGCCACCAACUAAAUGUGGGCCUCGUCUGGCUGUCACUGUCGUGGCACCGCGACGUGUCGGCACGCUCUACCUCUAACUCAUUCGACCGACGAAGGGCUGAAGAAGGCAAAGAGCGGUUCAGAUGAAGAGCCGUAUAUCACCGGCGUCAUUCAACUAAUCAAAAUUCGCAACAGGAGCUCAAGGGAGAAGAAUAGAAGGACGGGAUAUAUUUCUGUCAGCGAUUCCGUCAUUCUUUCAGCAUUAAUAUAUCGCAGCUGCGAAAGCCAUUCAAACUUGUCCGACAUACAAAUGCAUGUGUACACCCUCUAUACAUACAUACAUACACACAUAAACAUACGUAUACACAAACACGACACACAUAAAAGACCCAAAAGCCUGAUCAACGCUGCGUACUUCCUGUGAUUGUCGAUUAACGAUAAGUGGAAUAAUCAAAAAUAGCGACGCAGCGGAAGAGGAUAUGUUCAGGUCACGAAAAGAGAAGUGAAUUAUCAGAAUGCUCUUGUAGAGAAAGGCGACGCCGUGUUAUAAAGAGUAUCAAGAUCAGUAUCGAAACGCGACGAAGCAAUGUAGUGGAAGCUGAUACUUUGUAAGAUCCCAAGUAACAAUGAUCUUCCGGUAUGUAGGUAUAAUACACUUAAUCUAUUCCAUAUAAAACAGAUUUGUUCAUAAAUCUUUCAAGUAUAUAAAAUGGC